AUGAUCUCACCGAACAAAAUGCUUGCUUUGAAAGCUCCGUACAUUUUACUUACGAUUCUUGGCAUUCAAAUUGUGUAUAUGUUUCAUAGCACACCACUUCAACAACAGUGCAUCUGCGUAGAACAGGCAAAAACAAAUACGAAAUUUUCAAAAAUCAUACGUUUUGAACGUACUGAGCCAAAGAACUUAACCACCACCCAGCAACCCUCUUUGGAAAAUUUAGAGAUCUGUCAGCGUCCAGCCGAGAUAUUAAAUGCUUUGGAAAUUUUGGAUUCUCGCAAUGAGUCUCGAGAGGCGAUUUUCUUCAUUGAGUCCUCAAACAAGGGCACCAUAACGGCCCGACAGGUGUGCGCCGUGGAGUCGACGGCCAGAUACAACCCCGAGGCUGACGUUUACGUGCUUCUGCUGGACCCACCAGAGGAUCCGGACCUCGCAAUAGACGAGCAGGUGCUCACCCUCCUGCGGUACCACAAAAACGUGCGUCUGCUCAGGGUCGAGUCCGCCAAUUACUACAAUGGUACGCCGCUGCAAGAGUGGAGCUUGGCAAACCGCAUCAACACGAGCUAUAACCGCGUUGAGGACGCAAGUGACAUGUUGAGAAUAGUCACCCUGCUCAAAUAUGGAGGAAAAUAUUUGGACCUGGACUUCGUGAUCCAACAAUCGCUUGAUUCGAUGCCUCCAAAUUUUUUGUCUUUCGAACUUGGCAGUGACGUGUGCAACGGUGUAUUAGGCUUUCAAAAGGGCCAUCCAAUGUUGCAAAUGAUGGUCCAAGAGCAAGCUGAUACCUAUGACGGAACUAUUUGGGGAUAUAAUGGGCCUACGAUGAUAUCUCGGGUGAUGGGACGCUUUUGCGGCAUCAGUCAAGCUGAGAUUUUUGAAACAGGCAAAAAAUGCGUUGACGUCGUUGUAUUCAAGCAAGAUAAAUUCUUUCCCAUCUCUUACCCAGGCUGGGAAAGGUAUUUCGACGAGGCCGCUGGUCCUGAGGUAAUGGACUUGGCAAAAGGAUAUCUGGGUGUUCAUAUGUAUAACUACUUGAGUCACGGGUCCAAAGUCCCGCUCGGCUCAAAUCAAGCGUACAGCCUGCUCGCACAGAAACACUGUCCAAGAGCGUACUGGAGCUGCUCUGAAAACUUUUGAUUGUUAUCUGUCUUAAAUGUGAUAAAUCGAGCAAAUGAGAAAAAAUAUUAUCAGAUUAAGUGUUUACCGUGAUUUGUUUUAAAUUAAAUAUGUGUACAUUUAAUACAUUAAAAAAAUCUCUGUAAAAAAAUAAACUUUGAACGUCUAAUCGCUUCAUGUUUCACAUAGUAUCGUAGAUAUUGUUCCAAUCUUUUGAGGAAAAUGAAUGAUUUUAAUAUUCUUUUCAUAUUUACGCUCUCUUUCCUCGAUUUUUACAGAUCAGGAAAUGCUUUUUGAUUGGUUAAUAUCUAAAAUAAAAAUUAUCGAUGGCCUGUAUAAACUUUUCAUGAUAAUUCACGUUAAUUUUGCUGUUCCAAUCCUUAUGUUUAGAUCAAAUAAUUUUAAAGUUUCGUAAUUUCAUAAGUUUACAUGUUUUAUGAAAUAAAUAACGAAUAAAAAUAAC